GGCUAAGUCUCUAUAUAUAUAUCCUCAGUCUCUAUGCUUCCCAAUACAAACUUGCAAUUAAGUUUUCAAAGUUGAGAUCGAGUAAAUUUGAAUCGAUGGCUCAUCCGAGCUCUUGUCAUGGCAAAGCCUGCAGAUGAUGAUCUUGAAGCAGGUAAUUAUUAUGUGGUUGAAGAAGGCAAAUAUUUGGGAUUGUACAGAGCUACAGUGCAAGGAAAUUGGGAUGAAGCUCAAAAACUGUUCAACCAACAUGACAAUAAUAAUAACAAUAUUGUUGUUGUUCCUCUCAACAACAACUUAGACACUGCACUGCAUGUUGCUGCCCGCCGCCAUGCUUCCUUAACCUUUGCAGAGAAACUUGUAGAAAAGUUGCCUGCAGAUGAUGAUAAAGAAGCUCUUCUUCUCAGAAACCGGAAGGGCCUAGCCCCACUUCACCUUGCUGCCCGUUAUGGUUCCCUUGAGGUGGCUGAAGUUCUUGUUCGGAGGAAUUCCAGUCUCCUCUAUAACACCUCAAAAGAGGGUCUUUUCCCCAUCCAUUACGCAGCUCGGAACACUCUCAACAAGGUGGAAGUGUAUCGGUAUUUCUUGGAGGUCACUAAGGAUAAUGAAGAUGGGGAAGCUAAUCCAUAUGAAGGCCCAAGUGGUGCCACUAUUCUUGUUAACUUAAUCAAAUCUAAAUUCUAUGUGGAGGCAAUGGAGUUGGCUGAUAAAUACCCUGAUUUGACUCUUCAUCAUCAGACACUAGACAAUGAUAUAUCACCUUUGGAGGCCAUAGUCAAAUACGAUUAUCCUAUUUCCAACAAAGCUAAUCCAUGGCAUUGGCAAACUUCAAUACAGUAUGCGUUGUUGCCGAAGAUCAUUGUACAAGAAAAAAUGUUGAAGCACGACCAAGCAGUGGAGCUUCUUAAAUGCUUGUGCGAUAAACUCAAAAUCCUAAAUGGCACACAAGUUGCCUCACUUGCAAAAGAAGCAAUAAUUGAAGCAACGUACUUGGACAUUGAAGAGGUGGUUCAAAACAUUGUGGAAGCAUAUCCUACGACGGCUUAUUACCAAGACAAAAGUGGUCGGAAUAUACUUCACAUUGCAGUGGAGAACCGUUGCAUCAAUGUUUUUAACCUUGUUUGUGGUCCUGGUCGAACAAGUGUGCUCAUGCAUGAUUUAGUAGAUGAAAGAGACAACAGUGGAAACAACAUUUUACAUUUGGCUGGGAAAUUGGCACCUCCAUGCAAGCUAAAUCUUGUUUCUGUUGCGGCUCUUCAAAUGCAAUGGGAGUUGCAAUGGUUUAAGGGAGUGCAAAAGAUUGCACCACCAUAUUUCUCAUCACUGAAGAACAAAGAUGAUAAAACACCAGCGAUGGUGUUCACGGAUGAGCACAAGGCCUUAAAAGAGGGAGCAGAGAAAUGGAUGAAGGACACAGCAACUUCAUGCACAAUUGUGGCGGCGCUCAUUGUUACUGUCAUGUUCGCCGCCGCAAUUACAGUUCCAGGCGGCAGUCACGGCGAUUCAGACGACGGCUACAGUGGUACCAUUACAUUCCCCGUUUCAAAUAUAUUUAGCCAAGGCUACAAUACUGCUAAAAUAGUUGCACUUCCCCGUGGCAAAAGUGUUGAAGACGAAGACGAAGAGGGCUCCCCAAUCUUCUCCAGAAUGAAUCCUUUCCCAGCUUUUUACAUUUCAAAUGGGGCAUCUCUCUUUGCAUCCAUUACUUCUCUCCUGCUCUUCUUGUCCAUCCUAACUUCACGCUUUAAAGAAGAAGAUUUCCUAUAUGCUCUUCCCAGGAGACUAAUCAUAGGCCUCUUCACCUUGUUGAUCUCCAUAAUAUGUAUGAUGAUUGCCUUUUCCACCACGGUUUUUCUUGUGUUUGGCAGAAAGAGAUUUAAAUAUGAUGAGGAAGAGGCUGCAAUUGUUUUGGUUGUAGUCUCAUGUGUGCCGGUGGCUUCAUUUGUGCUUCUUCAAUUCCGGCUCCUUGUGGCUUUAUUAUGGUCUACUUAUGGAUGGGGCAUUUUCAAUAAGCCACGUGCCAUUCCCCAAAUGUCAUUUUGACUUAUUAAUGGCACGUGAGACUCGACCUCUAGUUAUUGUUAUCAAACUUCACCCGUGACCAACUGAGAUGUUCAUGCGGACUACAUGCAUGCAUGUUGUAUACUUAGCUUGUAUUGUUUUUUUUUUUUUUUUUUUUUUUUGGAAAGUAGCUUGUAUUGUUGUUGUAUAAAUAAGUCAAGUUUUUUUAUACUCGAAUUUGAUUUGGUUAUUCUCGCA